AAGCCAAGUAUGUAAAAACCAGCACAACCAAGCUAUUGCCAUAAUCUAUCUUCUCUGAUAUAUACACAACCUCACCUUUGGCUUCAUGGCUGAUAUUGCGAUUCAACAGACGAAGACAACCGAUACCGACGUGUCCUCGGCAUCCGAUGAUGACGCGUUGCUGAAGGAAAUUCUGGCCACACACCAUGAUCACCGUCUAGAUGGCAGCGAGUUUGAUGUCAAACCUAUUCUCCUCAUCGUCGAGGAUGUCGUGCUCCGUUCAACCCCUACCAUCUCCGGCAUUGUUCAUGGAAAUCAAGGACAAAUAUUGGAUGUAUUGGAUGACAAGACCGUUCGUAUCCUUAGGCCUUUGGCAAACACAAUAAACAAAAUUUCCUUCGAGAUAUCAUGCAAGUGUUAUGGAGGAGAAGAUGCGCACAAGGCCACUCUGGCAAUUCUCAAAACACUUUCAAGCUACGCAUGGGAUGCGAAGGCGGCCAUAGCCUUGGCAGCUUUUGCGGUGAACUAUGGCGAAUAUUGGCUAGCUGCUCAAUUUUACCCCACCAACCCACUUGCCAAGUCCAUUGCAUUCCUCAAGCAACUCCCGGACAUACUACAGAUUGCCGACUCUUCGAAUGACAAGUAUGAAGCACUGACUAGCGUCGGCAACCUCAUCAACGCCAUGCUUGAAGUGGCCAGGUGCAUUAUCGAGUUCAAGGAGCCUCCGCUUGAGUACAUUGACCCCGGUGCAAUGUCUAAAGCCAAUGCUCAAAUCAUCCCCAUGGCUGUCUACCGGACUAUUAGGAGUAUUGUGGCUUGUAUAUCAAGAAUUAUGAACCUCGUAGGCUUGGUUCAUGAAGCAUCAACCACGAAGGCUAAUGUUGAGCUCUCUCACUUAGAACACAUACAAAGGGAACUGAAGGGGCAACUGGAUCUUUGUUACGAAUACAUUGAAGAGAAGAAAAUAAUUGAAGCAUGUCAAACACUCGUGUUCCUUUUCGAGAGAAGCACGACGGGACGUGAUAACCUAAAGCCUCUAAAUUUACUGAUUCAAGCCAAGAAGGACCAGCUCAUUCAUUGUCCUACCAGGAAAUCGGCCAACAUUAAUGUAUUGAGAAAAAAGACUGUGUUGCUAUUCAUUUCGACCCUCGAGGUUUCCCGUGUUGAAGAACUCUGGUUUCUGCACCAAAUGUACAAGGAGUCGCGGCAGGACGCAACAACGGGGGAGGGCCAAUACGAGGUGGUGUGGCUGCCGGUGGUGGACAAAUCAACGCCAUGGAAUAACGAAAUGCAAGAGAAAUUUGAGGAAAGACUGGCCUUGCAGCCAUGGUACUCGCUGGCUCACCCUACCUUGCUCGAUCCCCCGGUCAUCAUGUUCAUCAAGGACCAUUGGAAAUUCAACAAGAAGCCAAUCCUUGUGGUGUUAGACCCACUAAAUGGGAAAGUUGUGAACAAUAAUGCAUUCCACAUGAUUUGGAUUUGGGGUAUCGUAUUGGCAUCCCCAUUCACUAGCUCUAGAGAGAAUGAGCUUUGGGAGGAAAAGACCUGGACGAUUGAGUUGUUAGUAGACUCCAUAGAACCUAUCCUUAGUUGGAUCAAUGAUGGGAAGUACAUUUGCUUGUAUGGAGGGGGGAGCAAGGAAUGGAUUUCUGAAUUUACAGAAACUCUGAAUUCGGUUGCGAAAGCGGCCAACAUCAAGUUCGAGACGUUCUACAUGGGGAAAAGCGAGCCAGGGGAUGAAGAUAAGAACAAGAAGAAGCUCAUUGGUGACAAGAAUCUCGGUCAUAUACCUGAAGAUUUCAUCUGGUUCUUUUGGGAGAGGCUGCAGAGCAUGUGGCACUCAAAGAGCAAAUCGGCAAAGCACGAUUCGAUAAUGCAAGAGAUCUCGACGAUGAUCAGCUUCCAUGGCAGUGAGCAAGGAUGGGCUUUGAUCAGUAAAGGCACAUCGGACAUGGCUAAAGGAAAGGGUGACAUUAUGCUGAAGAGUUUAACACAUUAUGAUUUGUGGAAGGAAAGUGUGCCGAGUGUUGGUUUUGUGCCUGCACUCAAUCACCACCUCCUCCAUUCCGGCCUCUACACCGACAUGCAUCACUGCAACCGUAUUAUAUUGCCUGAGAGUGCCGCAAGCCUCCCUGCGGAGAGGGCGGUCUGCGCUGAAUGUGGCCGUCCAAUGGAUACGUACAUCAUGUAUAGCUGUUGCAGCGAUCACUCAAAGCUAGGCAUUAUUAACCAUGCAUGAUGCAAAUUGAGGAUUGAUUAUACAUCAUGCAUGCAUGAAGUCUAAUUAAUUAUUUUAGUUUUAAGAAAGAUUAAUAUUUACUAUAUGUAAUAAAGAUGUCUGUAUUGUGUCUGCAGGGUCGAUCCCUUGCUCUUUGGCUAGCCUAAAAGGCUUAAUGCAUGUGUGUUGUGUUGCUGCGCGCAGUGUAACUAAUAAAUAUUUGUACCAUAUUUCAUUGGUUGGUAAGUACUCUGGUAUUUUAUGCUUUCUCAUAAAA